CUGUAAUGUUUUUCGUUUGCGCGCCAUCAAAGCAGCCAUUACUCUAUUGUUCGUUACUUAAAAAAGGAGCACUUUAUUUUUUCACAUAUUUAUAUAGAGAUAAUGUUAAGAAUUACGGAAAGUGAACUUUAUUCUUGCACAAUUUUAAUAACUUGUCAAGUUUUGAUUCUCAGUGUUUCUAUAUUUUUCUUAAUACACUGCUCAUAACAAUUUCAAGAAGACUGUGAUUGUGCAUAGAUGUUUUUAAUUUUUUAAAUAUAUUUAAGUCGAAUCAAUUGAUUUUUAUGGAUUUUUAUUCUCUUUAUUAUUAACAAUAUAAUCUACAUUUUUAUUAAUUAUCAAUAUUGGAAUUGGAACAGAAUUAAAAAUCACAGAGAUGCCAAGAAAAAUAGUCGCAAAACAAUGUUCGAGCCAAGAAUCUUUGGCUUUGAUACAUCAAUGUGAAGGUCAUUCUAACCGAGAAUGUAUACGAAAUGACAAUUCAAAAAUUGUUAUGCGAAGAAGGAAGAUAUAUGAGGUAUAUAAUAGGAGGAAAAUUCUUUCUAAGUCAAAACGUAGCAAAAUUCAAAAACUAUCCCAUUGUAACAAAAUUGGACCUUUAGAAUAUGUCUUUUAUUCUAUCCUGAAUACAAGUUAUAAUAUGGAUCAAGGAACUGCCACAGCUGCGAUAGCACGUGGUUUAAUAGCAUUGAAUAAAAGAUUAGAUUCCAAUAGCAUAACAAGCUAUUAUUUAGAUAAAUGGUCGCAAUCUGGAGAGAACAUAAUAAUUUUGGAAGGCGUCAAUAAUAAACAUUUAAAAUAUCUUUACAAAGAAGCUAAAUAUUCUGCAAUUGAUUUGCACUUUUUACAUCAAUGGUGGUCAAAUGGAAGAGACAUCAUAGUGUUAACAGUGUUUGGGCUACAGGAAAAUCUACAAGAAAUUUUUGAAGGAUUAUUACCUUUACGGUAAAAUAAGAGUCAUUGAUUAGCAAUACAUACGGAUGUAUGCAUUUGUACAAAUAUCUUUUAUUUGUACUUUACAAUGAGAUGUACAUGUUAUAUUUUUUUAUAAUGCACUUAUUAGAAACCUAUUGUAAUAACUCAAAAACAAAACUUUUUUGAGUUAAUACAUGAAAAUAUUAAUAGUGGAAGAAUUGAAAGUAUCUAAAUUGAUCACAUCACGCAAACAUUCAUGCAAUAUAAUGAUACUCGCACCGACUGCCGAUAUAUCCAACAUCCUAAUCCACAUUGACUCCAUGUAUCGGUGAUACGAAUUCUUUAUGCAUUCGCCGUCGCAUUCUUUAUGCAACCUGUUCUGUAUAUUAAUUAAUUACAAAAAUGCGACAUGCAUUCUAGUAACAUUGCGUACUGAGAAAAUUAACGAAACACAAUAACAAUUAUAUCAAGAAAGAAAUUUUCUUUUAAGUAAUACUUAAAAGUUAUCGGUAUUAAAACUUUCGUAAAAUAUAUUGAAUUUUAUCAUCCGAGCAUUUCAGAACUAGACAAUCUAAGAAAAUCGAUUAGAUUUUAAUUAUAAUCGUUCAUUUGUGAUAUUAUGAGAAGAUAUAGAAAAAGGCAAAUAGAAUGAAGGAACAGUAGCAGUAGCAACGGAAGAAGAAGAAGAAAAAAAAAAGA